AUGAAGUUGAGAUGGGUUCGAGAUAACCAAAGGACAUUCCGAGCUGAUUGGUACUCUGGCACUCUUGAUGCCGCAUAUGCAAACACGGGUGAUAUUGGACAGCGGUUUAUUCUGCCUCCAAGUUGCAGAGGAAGCCCACGUGAUAUGCAUCAAAGGUAUUAUGACGCCAUGAAAAGAGGUUUACCACAUGCACAUAUUCUUAUCAUUCUCGAUGAAAGAGACAAGCUACGUAGCCCAGAUGACUAUGAUAUAGUUGUUCGAGAAGGAAUACCCGAUCUGAAUGUUGAACCAGAGUUGUACGAGGCUGCCCUGAAACACAUGAUACAUACGCCAUGUUCGUUGUCGACUGAUAGUGUUUGUAAGAAGAACAGGAAGUGUAAGAAAAAGUUUCCGAAGAAAUUUGCACCAGCAACUCUAGAAGGCGAGGAUUCUUAUCCAAUCUGUAGAAGGCGAGAUGAUGGUAGAGAAGUUACACUCCACAAUGGGAAAGUGGUGAAUAACAGGGUAGAUUGUAUCUGCAUGGAGGUUUCGAGCGAAAAAGGUGUCGAAGAUGAGAUCAAGCAGUUUGUAGAUGCCCGUUGGAUCUACCCGCAAGAAGCACUCUGGAGAAUAUACAAGUAUCAGAUGAAUAAGAUUUCUCCACAUGUAGUGUCAUUACAAAUACACCUCAAGGAUCAGGAAAAAAUUUUACUUCCAGAAGGGCAGACCGUACGAGAUGUGCUGCAGCGAGAGAAGGCAUCUCGUACAAAGCUUACCGAGUAUUUUAAGAAAAAGGCAGAAGAUGAGUUUGCAAGAACCUUUUUAUACAAGGAAUUUCCGGAGCAUUAUGUAUGGAAUCAGUCAUUAAGGCAGUGGGAUAGAAGGCGACGUAACAACAGAGUCAUUGGAAGAGUUAAUGUUGUUUCAACUCGCAUCGAUAAUUACUUUUUGAGACGUCUGCUGAAUAAUGUUAGGGGCCCAACUUCUUUUGAGGACCUGCUAAAGGAUUUUCUGUUCGAUGUUAGCCUUAUGGAACCCAACCGGAGUCCGCGAUUAUGGGAUGAAUUUCUUCCACACCUGACUGAAGAUCACCUCCGCUCCAACACAGAACAAGGUGCUAUUAAUCUUCUGUUACGGGAACUUAGUUCUACUCUUGGUCCAGAUUUGAUGAAGAAGUAUCAGUUUCCAACCAUCACCGAAGACGUAGGCACUUCAGGAACAAAUGAUUUGGUCAUGGAAGAAAAAUCGAUUCCUAUUCCUCCAGAAGAUUUUUCGGCUAUCGGCCAGCUAAACAACGACCAGAGGCAUGCAUUUGACAGGGUGGUGAACUCUGUUUCUCACCGCGAAAGUUCUAUAUUCUUUAUUGAUGGUCCAGGUAGUUCACGGAAAACUUUCCUGUACAGGGCGAUACUGGCCUAUCUAAGAACUCAAGGACAUAUUGCAAUUGCAACCGCGACAUCAGGAAUUGCUACAACCAUGAUGCCAGGUAGACGGACCGCUCAUUAUAGGUUCAAGAUACUCAUCUCAUUCGGAAGGGACGAAGCAACAAUGGCAAACCUAUAUGAAUUUGAAGCUUUAGAUCGUACAUUAAGAGACAUAACUAAGGUUGAGCUACCAUUUGGAGGUAGGAUUUUGGUUUUGGGUGGUGAUUUCCAUCAAGUGUUGCCUGUAAUUGAACGUGGCACACGAGCACAUGCAGUAAGUGCAUGCUUAACCAAUGCAAAAUUCUGGAAGCACGCCAAGUUAAUUCAUCUCAAAGAGAAGAUGCGUUCAAGGUUGGAUCCCUGA